ACUUUCUCCGCCCUUUUCGAAUCACCAUUUCACUCUGUGUGAAUCUGCGGCUGCGCAGUGUCCGCCAUUGAGGACCCACGAUCAGAAGGAAAGGGUCAGAAUCGCUUCUAUAGGCAACCGCGCACGUUUCCUUUAUUCUUGAAUCCAAACUUUGCCAACAUCGCCUACUGUAUAAUAAUAAUAACUGAUAUUCGUUUUAACUCAUGGAUGGCAGAUUUAGAUAUUUUAUAGCAAUUUGAAGUAACCUACCUAGCUAACGUUAGUCCGCUGUGAAGCUUACGAGUGAGGUUAGCUAGCUAGCCACUGUGCUAGUUUUAGCUACGCGAACUGAGCCUGGCUCUGGGGCAGUGUCGUUUGAUGGAUCCAAGAAUCGCGUGGUUUCAGCCAGAACAACGUGGACCAGCCAACAGCCUGUGGAUGCAGAUUUGGGAAACAACUCAAGGACUGGGGAAUCUGUACUUCAAUAACAACUGUAACACGGGUAGUUUGUCAAGCCUCAGUCCGAAAAAGAACAUCAACGGGACAUUGGGUAACGUGAUCUCGUGCAAGAACGGAGCUGUCACUAACAGCGAACCCCGGAACCAGGGAAUGUCCAACUCAACGAAAGACCGAGAUGUAGUCGAACAACGAGACUUUAUUCCGUUGGAAGCUAAUAACAACCACAACAACCGUUCAUCGUUGGGGAGGGGCAGCGCAGGGGGGCAAGUGUGUUCUCGGGUCUCUGGGGUCUCGGGACACCCCAACAAAAGGAAAAGAGACAACAAGGCUAGCACUUAUGGAUUCAACAGUAGCCUCGAUACCGGAGGCUGUGGUUACACGGGAACACCAUGGAAAGUCAAGAACUACUCUGAAGGAAUCUUGGGGCUCCAUGAGGAGAUCAAUGACUUCUACAAGCACAUGUCUCCUCGGGCGGAGGAGGAGAGGAUGAGGAUGGAGGUGGUGGACAGGAUCGAGAGGGUCAUCAAAGACCUGUGGCCCACUGCUGACGUUCAAGUGUUUGGGAGUUUCAGCACGGGCCUCUAUCUGCCAACCAGUGACAUCGAUCUGGUGGUGUUUGGGAACUGGGAAAACCUGCCCCUUUGGACCCUGGAAGAGGCCCUGCGGAAGAAAAACGUGACUGAUGAGAACUCCAUCAAAGUGCUGGACAAGGCCACGGUACCCAUCAUCAAGUUGACAGACUUCCGCACAGAGGUGAAGGUGGACAUCAGCUUCAAUGUGAAGAAUGGAGUCAAAGCUGCCCUUCUCAUCAAAGACUACAAAAAAAAAUACCCAGUGCUUCCGAAGUUGGUUCUGGUGCUGAAGCAGUUCCUGCUCCAGAGGGAUCUGAAUGAGGUUUUCACUGGAGGGAUCGGCUCCUACAGCCUUUUCCUUAUGGCUGUCAGCUUCCUGCAGCUUCACUACAGAGAAGAUGCCUGCAGCCCCAAUGCCAACGUGGGCGUUCUCCUUAUAGAGUUCUUUGAGCUCUAUGGACGCCACUUCAACUACCUGAAGACGGGCAUCCGGAUCAAAGAUGGUGGUAGCUAUGUGGCCAAAGACGAGUUUCAGAAGAACACUGACCUCUACAGGCCCUCCAUGCUCUUCAUUGAGGACCCCCUAGCACCAGAUAACGACGUUGGCCGCAGCUCAUACGGUGUGUUGCAGGUGAAGCAGGCCUUUGACUAUGCCUACGUAGUGCUCAACCACGCCGUAUCGCCCAUCGCCAAGUACUACCCCAACAACGAGUCUGAGAGUAUACUUGGCAGAAUAAUCCGGGUGACCCAGGAAGUGGCUGAAUACAGGGACUGGAUCACCAAGCUCUGGGGACCACAGUCUCAGAAUGAACCUGCCCUGAAUGGAAAUGAUGUCACACUGUUAGUGAAGCCUCAGCAGCUGGACGAGUGCAACAACAACCUGACGGAGGAGGUGACUGCAUCUCGCAGCAAGACCUCCUCCAACUCCUCCUCAUUAGUGUCAUCCUCAUCCUCCACGGUAUCCAGUUCCAGCGACGUUGAUUCUGACGGGACGCCCUGUAAGACAGUGAAGCAGCUGCCUGGACGGGGCUCUAGCGCCCACAGAGAAUCCUCAGGUGGCGUGACCAAUCACAGAAUACAGAGCCACACCACCAGCACUCCUACUGACAACAAGGGGGGCAAGGCCAGGUUGUUCCGCUCGUCCAGUAAAAACACCCACCACGUCCAGCAGAACUCAUCCAACAUCAAGAGCCACCCGAGCAGCAAGCCACACUACCAGGGCAACAGCAAGAAGAGGAAACCUCAGCAGCACUCAGAGGCCCAGGACCUCUGCAGAUAGGGCGGUCUUGGUCUGCUCUGCAACAGACUGACAGACUGACUGUCCCACUUCUGCUGCCAGACCACGUACUGACUGAGUAGUAUUAAGGAUCUUCCUUCUCUCAAGUGACAUGCAUCUUUUUAUAGCUGAAAAAUAACCCAAAAAAAGAGAUUGGAAAUGCUGGGGCUUAGUUCUAGAAAGAAAUGCGUAUUUUCUUCCUUGACAUAUACACGUUCUACAGUGGAGCUACACACCACAUCCAGUACCUACAAAUCUUGCCUUUUACCAUAGCACCAUCUGGUGUUUGAGGAAUAAGUGUCUGGAAAGUCAUGUGGAUUUUUAUGCGCAAUACCUGGAACUUGGCUGGUGAAUAUACUUCAAGAAUUUUUUUUGAUUUUUUUAAAUAAUAAAAUACACAACAAAUGUACAAAAUGUUAUAUUGAAGAAGAAAAAAAUUUACACAGAUUGACAGACUAAAAUGCAAUCUGUAAGUGGAGAUGAUGACUUAAUGUUUUUGUUGAUGGAAGGAUAUUUUUUGGUUGUGUAAGCAGAUUAUACAAAGAUUUGUACAAAAAGAAACAUGCGGAAAAAUCUUUUUGGGUAAAAAUGAUCACAAAUGUACUUUUUACAGGAUAAUACUGAUUAAAAGCAAAUGUAGAUGUGCACAUUUGCCUGCUAAUCUGAGUUGUGGCAGGUUUGGGUUUCAUUGCCAACAUAAAAUCAUCAGCAUUCUAUUUCUACUUGGCUGCUCUCUCUGAAUGUGUUUGACAGGCUUCUUUCCAAAUGAUACCCCCUUCCCUAUAUAGUACACUACUUUCACUAAAUAGGGAAUAGGGUGCCAUUUGGGAUGCACAGACAGUGUUAACAGUUGGUCUUAGUCAGGUAACGCGCACACAUCCCUAUGGAUUACUGGUUGGCUGGGGACAAAUCACUCAUUCAUACACACAGCUCUAUACAACAACAGCUAUGUUUUCCCAGACUUAUAGAAUUACAGUUAGAGGACAUAAUGAACUUUUAAAAAGUCUACAAUAUAUGUCAAAGAUCCAUAGGUGUGGGAGGUAAUCUUUUUCCUUUGGUAAUUUACCCAUUAUGAAAAUGUAUUUGUUCAUGUAUUUAUUGUUAUAUGAAUAUAUAGUUUCUAUACACGUUAUACGUAUUAACACGAGUCCAUACUCUUGUGUCACAUAUUUGGAUGGGACUAGUGGAAGUAUAAUUGGUCAGGUACAGUACCAAUGUUGCUGUUUUCCCUUUCAGUGAUGAGUGACCAAGUUAGUUUGGAAACCAUUUUAUGAGUCAUGGGCCAUUUUGUUUUAAUAUGUGGCUGGUCUACUUCAAAAGGGAGCUGAGGUUUUGGUUGGUUUUAUGUUUUUGUUCAGAAUGUCAACAACCCCUUGCUGAAAUGUCCGCUAUGGCAACCUCUGAUUGCAGUUCCACAACUGUCCUGUAGAUGGUGGCAUUACUCAACUCCUUUUUCACAACUGGCACCUGCUAACUGCAUUUAUACAUUUUCAGCAUCUUACAGUCAAGCAUUCAGACCCCUUGACUUUAUCCACGUCGUUACAUUACAGCCUUAUUCUAAAAUGUAUUAAAUUGAUUUCCCCCCCCAGUCUACACACACUACCCCACCCCAUAAUGACAAAGCAAAAACUGAAAUAACAUUUCCAUAAGUAUUCAGACCCUUUAUUCAUUUUUUAUUUUUGGACCUUUAUUUAACUAGGCAAGUCAAUUAAGAACAAAUUCUUAUUUUCAAUGACGGCCUAGGAACAGUGGGUUAACUGCCUGUUCAGGGGCAGAACAACAGAUUUGUACCUAGUCCAACACUCUAACCACUAGGCUACCCUGCCGCCCAGUACUUUGUUGAAGAACUUUUGGUAGAGAUUUACAGCCUUGAGUCUUGGGUAUGACGCUACAAAUGUAGCACACCUGUAUUUGGGUAGUUUCUCCCAUUCUUCUUUGCAGCUCCUCAAGCGCUGUCAGGUUGGAUGGGGAGCGUAGCUGCACAGCUAUUUUCAGGUAUGUGCAGAGAUGUUCGAUCGGGUUCAAGUCUGGCCUCUGGCCUGGCCACUCAAAGACAUUCAGAGACUUGUCCCGAGGCCACUCCUCCGUUGUCUUGGCUGUGUGCUUAGGGUCCUGUUGGAAAGUGAACCUUCGCCCCAGUUUGAGGUCCUGAGUGCUCUGGAGCAGGUUCAUCAAGGAUCUUUCUGUUCUUUGCUCUGUUAAUCUUUCCCUCGAGCCUGACUAGUCUCCCAGUCCCUGCUGCUGAGAAACAUCCCCACAGCAUGAUGCUGCCACCACCAUGCUUCACCGUAGGGAGGGUGACAGGUUUCUUCCAGAUGUGACGCUUGGCAUUCAGGCCAAAGAGUUCAAUAUUGGUUUCAUCAGACCAGAGAAUCUUGUUUAUCUAGUCCUUGAGGUGCCUUUUGGAAAACUCCAAGCGGGCUGUCAUGUGCCCUUUACUGAGGAGUGGCUUCCGUCUGGCCACUCUACCAUAAAGGCCUGAUUGGUGGAGUGCUGUAGAGAUGGUUGUCCUUCUGGAAGGUUCUCCCAUCUACACAGAGGAACUCGAGAGCUUUGUCAGAGUGACCAUCGGGUUCUUAGUCACCUCCCUGAGCAAGGCACUUCUCCCCGAUUGCUCAGUUUGGCUGGGCGGCCAGCUCUAGGAAGAGACUUGGUGGUUCCAAACUUCUUCCAUUUAAGAAUGAAGGAGGCCACUAUGUUCUUGGGGACAUUCAAUGCUGAACAAAAACAUUUUUUGUACCCUUCCCCAGAUCUGUGCCUUGACACAGUCCUGUCUCGGAGCUCUAUGGACAAUUCCUUUGACCUCAUGUUUUUUUUUUUGGGGGGGGGGGGUGUUCUUUGAAAUGCACUGUCAACUGUGGGACGUUCUAUAGACAGCCUUUCUAAUCAUGUCCAAUCAAUUGAAUUUACCACAGGUGGACUCCAGUCAAGUUGUAGAAACAUGGAUGAUCAAUGGAAACAGGAUGCACCUGAGCUCAAUUUCGGGUCUCAAAGCAAAGGGUCUGAAUAAUUUUAAACCUUUUUUUGCUUUGUCAUUGUGGUAUUGUGUGUAGAUUAUUUUAGAAUAAGGCUGUAACAAAAUGUGGAAAAAGUCAUUUUCAAAUGCACUGUGUGUGCACGAGCUAAUCACUGUUUCCCAACCUUGGUCCUCGAGGAUCCCCAACAGUAGACAGUUUUGUUGUAGCCCUUGACAAAAAACUCAGAGGGCUUAAUGGGAAAGGGGGAUACCUAGUCAGUUGUACAACAAUGCAUUCAACUGAAAUUUGUCUUCCACAUUUAACCCAACCCCUCAGUUGUGGGGGGCUUCCAUAAUUGACAUCCACAUCUUCGGCAUCCGAGGAACAGUGGGUUAACUGCCUUGCUCAGGGGCAGAACGACCAAUUAUUAUUUUUUAGCUUGUGGAUUUGAUCCAGCAACCUUUCAGUUACUCGCCCAACACUAACCACUAGGCUACCUGCCUGACGAUUAGUUGAAUAAGGUGUGCUUGUCCAGGGUUACAAUACUGUUAGGGGUACUAAAGGAUCAGGGUUUGGAAACAGAUGAUCCACUGGCUGUAAUUACAAUUAUACACAUAGGAAAGUCUUAAUUUUAAGCAAAUAUGUUAGACAACAUAUUAGGUUAUUUUUAGAUGGUUAAAAUAUUGUCCUGGGAAAGUACAGUUUGGACCUAAAUGCAGUAUAUAUCGGCUAAUCUGUGAAUUUGAUUUGACACUUAAGGAACACUGAAUGAGUCAUCUGUGCCAUCACAAUCUGUAAUCAUAUCUUCUCACUGCAAAUACUUCAACAAAACUGUAUCGACUCAUCCCAAUUGUAGUUCAUACAGCUAUUCAAAUCCAUGCAAUAAAAUCCACAGUACAAUAA